CAACGAUGCGACCUCCACUUUCUUCUUCGUCUUCCGACAUGACCAGUUGCAUUCGCAGCCAUGGACGACGCCUCCGGAACCAAUAUAUGGGCUAAUUUCUUACAAGCCAGCCUGCGAUUACCCAAGACCAGAUCCCCAGCGUGGCAAAAGCUCAACGACAGCGUCGCAACAAUCUCCGAUAAUUCCAGCCAAAGCCUCUCGCCCGACCCGGAGAAACUCGCGUACCUGCGGCGCCUUAUCGCUUAUAUAGUCGACGGACGGGACUUCGUGGUAACCUAUAACUAUGUACUGCUGGUCGUGCUAGUCUUACUUUCGGUACUCCAUUGGAGAAGGAAGUUGCUUGGUAGGCGGAAAUGGAAGCAGAGCGUUACACGGUCGCAAAGUGCCAAGACUGCCGAGGAUGUGCUGGUAUUUGAAGGACAGCAGCGCCCGGGUGAGGAUUUUGGCAGUCAGGACCUCAACCAGCCAUCUUCGUCCUCUAGCAGCACGCUGCAGGACUCUUCAGCGCUAGAGUAUACUUCAAAGAUGGUUGAUAGCGAUGCCGACAUUGAGCGGCAACCGUUAUUGGGCUUUCGAGGCCGCUCCCCACUGGACGCACCAAGGCAGCGCUACGCAAAAAGACUUCCCGACGCCGUUGCCGCGUGGCUGAUGUACCAACCACGACCAAUACCCAUCAUCAAUCGCACCCUGCCCUCAAACGGAACCUCAUUGUUCGUCCUGGCCUACGUCGCCCUGAACAUAUUCUACAAUGUUUAUCAAAUCGACUGGAGACCCGAGUACUUCUUCUCCUUUGCCGACAGGGCAGGAGUGGUAUUCAUCGUCAACCUCCCGCUCCUAUACCUCCUAGCCGCCAAGAACCAGCCUCUCAAGUUCCUCACUGGGCGGUCUUAUGAAGCACUCAAUAUCUUCCACCGCCGCGUCGGCGAGCUCAUGUGCUUCGAAGCAUUUGUUCAUACCCUCGGCAUGAUUAUAUGGGAGCUUUGGUGUUCGCCCGAGUGGCUGCUCCGGGGAAACAUCUGGCAUUUCCUGACGGGGCAACUGGUCUUGUUGGGGUUGGGCGCCUUUGCGGCCUAUGAGUUGCUGUACUUGACCUCGCUCGGCAGCUUUCGACAGAGGUGGUAUGAGGUAUUCCUGGCAUCACACGUCGUGCUCCAAGUGGCGGCACUGGUUUUCCUAUACCUCCAUUUCAGCACGGCUCAGCCGUACGUCGCCAUGGCUUUGGUCAUUUUCCUGGCGGAUCGCUUGAUAUGGCGAGUCGGGCUCAAGCGUGUUUCUAUGAAGGCCAAUUUGGAUAUUCUGGAUGAUGGCAGCACGCUGCUUCUGUCUGCCGAUUGGGACAUCCCUCGAUCAACGGGCUGGGGAGUUUUGGCACGGUUUCGUCAGAGUAUCGUACAUGGUUGGCGUCCAAUGGACCACGUCUUCAUCUCCGCCUCCGCCCUGGGCCGUACCCAUAUGCUGCAGGCUCACCCCUUUACUAUUGCAUCCGCGGCUCCUAAGCCCUGCACCAGCGCUGAAGCCUCGCCUCCGCACGCAUGGCUCAGCCUUCUCAUCCGCGCACACGGCGGCUUCACAGGCGAUCUGCUGCGUUACGCGCAAGAACACUCAAGUAUUUCUGUGCGCUUGGAUGGACCUUACGGGUCAACCGAUGCCAUCGACAUGCUCCGAGCACGCGACACCAUCAUUCUCAUCGCCGGCGGGUCCGGUAUUGCGGUCGUGUUUCCUCUUCUUUGGGCUCUUGUGCACGAACAACCCUUCUCUGCUUCUCUUGGAGGGGGAGCAGGAAAAGAAUUCCAUCUCUUAUGGGCGAUCCACUCGCGUGCGCAGCGCAGCUGGAUGCUGCAGGAGUGUUUAGACGAGCUGGCUCAGGCAGGGGUCCACAUCACGAUACCAGAGCCGACGGCAGAGGCGGGGAGACCAGAUAUAGGGAGUUAUGUGGCGAACCUGGCGCUCCGGGGUGAUGAUCAGGAGCUGGGCGUUGUGGUAUCGGGGCCGGAUGCAAUGAAUAGAGCGGCGAGGAAUGCGUGUGCAAGGGCGGUCAAGAAUGGGGCGGACGUUAAACUUAGAAUAGAGAAGUUUGGGUGGUGAUACGGGUAGCAUACAUGCAUGGCGUUUUGGUGAGUUUGUUUUUAGGGGCAUUAUUGGAUAGAUGGUUGGGUUACGAUGAGAAUUGCAUUAGAUCUUGCGAUGCUUGUUGAUAUAGAUGAGAAACGAGUUUACGUAGUCAUAAGAAUGGGCGAAGAAAAAUCCAGAUCCCUCAUUACUUGGA